UUUAGCAAAACCUUUGCUCUGGACCACUACACUGUCGACGACCACGGCCAGACAGCAUGCCUUCACCAGAAGAAGCAAGCACGUCGACCACACCGCCAGAAACUUUCAAAGAACUGGGCCUCAUUGAUCCUUUACUGGAAGCCCUAGAUAAGAUUAACUUCACAAAGCCUACUGAGAUUCAGCAACAGGCACUUCCUCAUGCAUUAGAGGGCCGAGAUAUCAUUGGCGUGGCAGAAACUGGUUCAGGAAAAACUGCAGCGUUCGCUCUUCCCAUCUUACAAAAACUUUGGGACGAGCCAAAAGGAUUGUUUGCAUGCAUUCUUGCACCGACCCGCGAACUUGCAUAUCAGAUAGCGCAGCAGUUCGAGAGUCUGGGUUCCGCCAUGGGGGUACGGUCCUUGGUUCUUGUCGGAGGAAUGGAUAGGAUGCAACAGGCUGUUGGCCUUGCUAAGCGGCCUCAUAUCAUAGUGGCAACCCCCGGUCGUUUGAACGAUCAUCUUCAGAACACAAAAGGAUUCAGCCUAAGAAGCUUGAAAUUCUUGGUUAUGGAUGAAGCAGACCGUCUUCUCGACAUGGAUUUCGGUCCUGAAAUAGACCAGAUUCUCAAAGUCAUACCCAAGGAACGCACAACUUAUCUGUUCUCCGCUACCAUGACCACCAAAGUUGCGAAGCUACAGCGAGCCAGUCUAAUAAACCCUAUCCGGGUUGAAGUUUCUUCAAAAUACCAGACCGUGUCCACCUUGCUGCAAUAUUAUCUACUCGUCCCCUUGGUUCAUAAAGAUGUGCAUCUCAUAUAUCUCGCCAACCAUCUUGCAUCGAAUUCCAUCAUAAUCUUCACCCGGACAGUGCAUGAUGCCCAGCGGUGGGUGGUGCAUUGCAAUCAUUCACUCAUCCUCAGCUUAUUUUUCCCAUUACUCUAUUCCAGAUUGUCAAUCAUGUUACGAUCUCUUGGCUUUCCUGCCGUUCCAUUGCACGGUCAACUGAGCCAAAGCCAACGCUUAGGCGCUCUGGGCAAGUUCAAGAGCGGAGACCGCAAGUUGCUCGUGGCAACUGACGUAGCUAGCCGUGGUCUUGAUCUGCCUUCCGUUGACAUUGUCAUCAACUUUGAUAUUCCAACCCAUUCCAAGGACUAUAUUCACCGCGUUGGACGUACUGCGCGAGCAGGUCGAUCUGGAAAAUCGAUUACAAUGGUGACGCAAUACGAUGUUGAACUCAUCCAACGAAUAGAAAAGGUAAUAGACAAGAAAAUGGAACUUUGGCCAACAGACAAGGAAGAAGUAAUGUUACUGAAAGAACGUGUGGACGAGGCUGCCCGGUUGGCCAUCAACGAGCUCAAAGAAGAAGCUAAAGCAGGUGGAAAGAAACGCAGACGUGAGGAUGGCGUUGGAAGGGACGAAAGAGAUCGUGAUGAUGAUGUUGUGGAGGCAGGUGUCCCGAGAAAGAGACAUUCGAAAAAGGGGCGAUAGAUUUUUCCUGUGUUCGAUACUUGCAGGAAAUCAUCUCGUCGAAAUAAAAUGAAUCGUGCGUGGCAGAGCCCGCUACCCCUGUUCAUCGCGACCCGUUGUUGCAUCUCACCCCACUGCUGUUGUUUAUUACAAAUUCUCUCUCCCCCAUGGAUGAAGCCUUGAAGCACUAAAGGCUCCAGAUACGGU